UAUAUAAAUUUGGGGCUCAUGCUUCAGAAUAGAGGCAGAGCAAUGCUACCAGUGGCCCUUCAUCUCUGUGCUUAUCCCGGGAAAGCUCAGCCUCUCCUCUGAAUAGAAGUAAAAUGAGUAUCUAAAAUAUAUGGUGCUGGAAGGAUGUCAAAUUAUUAACUCCUCUGAGGCCCUUACUUGUUUGAAUCUGGCCCUGGUCCCUUCCCUAUGCCCAACUGGAGUCCUAUUGCAUCCUCUCCACAGCCCAUUAUGCUCUGAGCAAGUGUAUCUGCAUAAAGGCAGGGGGAUGGACUCAUAAACUGGGGCUUUCAUUCCUUUGGAUGCCCUCCUCACUGGGACCAUCUGAAUGCCAUUAUCAGUAGGUCCAUCUAUUAAUAGUAUACCAUACCCCAAAUUCUUCCCUUAUUCUCUCUAUGGUCUCUUUCCUCCAUAUUCCCUUCCAGAUUUUAAAUCACUCAUUCCUUCCCUAAUCCUAAGAGCUGACAGUCCACAGCUUCAGAAGGAAAUAAAUCUUACCUGAGUGGUAGGAGGAGUGAAGGCAAAGAAAGCCCUUUGCCUAAAUUUUCUUAGCCAAAGGGAAAUCUGAAUUUUUUGAGAGUGAAGGAACAAGUGGGAUGAAAAGGAGGGCUAUAUUAGCAGAGCCAGAGAGGUGUGUAUUGAUUUCCUGUACUCAGGAUACUUUUCCUUGGGUGCUCUUAAGGAUAAGGAGAUUUAAACACAACUUUUAUGGAAUCAUUUUGGGGAAGAGCAAGCAAUGAAUAUGAACCCCUCUCAAUUUCACCAACUGCUCCACUCCUUACAGCCUUUAGGGAAAGUUUUAAUUUGGGUCAGAAUGAAGGAAUAUAUUUUUCAGACUCCUUCUGGAUUGCCAUUUGCUGCUCCAUUUCCAUGAGUGUCAGGAUAUUAGGCAAAUUUCAUGUGAAAUGUUCAAAGUAAUAGCCAGAUAAGUUUAAUGUGAUUAAAUAUAAUCAAGUUAAAUAUAGUUUAGCUAAUAGGUGUUCAGGAAGGAAAUGUAUUGUUAUGAACAUGGGCCAUUACAAAGUGAUAUGUUUUAAGAAAGUAUUUUAAGGUUAAAAUUUGAGUAAGCAGAGAGGAAAGGGAAGGGAAAUUCAGGUUAACACAGAAGGGGAAAAAACCUUGUGGGAAGAAAAAAGUACAACACAGGUAAGAGGGCAAAUGCUGGUUGGGUGGAAAUGGUAGAAUGAGGUCAGAAAGGUAGGAUGGGACCAAAGUUUGGAAGCAGAGUGGCUGGAUGCAGGGUGAAGCCUCUAUUGAUUCUUGAAGAGUGAUCACCACAGAAGCUCUCCCUGCAAAUCAAGCAUCAAGGGUCAGAAGUCAUUUCUACACCCAACUGAGCAUUGUCUAGGAGAACAUUCCCCUGCAGAGUCCCAUGGUUCAGAAACCAAUGCUAUCUUUUGUGAUCUCUGAUGUACUCAGAGGUGCUUUCUGUUCCUAUGUCUUUCAGCAGACUCAUUCGCUUCUGUCAUUAUAGAGGUGAUCCUAAAGUACAUCAUGACUCACACCAACUUCACCAUCUUCCACCCUGCAGUUUUUGUCCUACUGGGCAUCCCUGGGUUGGAGGCUUAUCAUGUUUGGCUGUCAAUACCCUUCUGCCUCAUGUAUAUCACUGCGGUUCUGGGCAACAGUAUCCUGAUAGCGGUCAUCAUCACUGAGCAUAACCUUCAUGAGCCCAUGUACUUCUUCCUCUCCAUGCUGGCCAUCACGGACAUCCUGCUGUCCACCACUACUGUCCCCAAGGCCCUAGCCAUCUUUUGGCUCCAUGCUCAUGACAUUGCCUUUGAUGCCUGUGUCACCCAAGUUUUCUUUGUCCACAUGAUGUUUGUGGGGGAGUCAGCCAUCCUAUUAGCCAUGGCCUUUGACCGGUUUGUGGCCAUCUGUAUCCCCCUGCAUUACAAGACAAUGCUAACAUGGCCUGUGGUGGGAAGGAUUGCUGUGGCCAUUGUCACCCGAAGUUUCUGUAUCAUCUUCCCGGUAAUCUUCUUGCUGAAUCGACUGCCUUUCUGCUGGACCAAUGUCAUCCCGCACUCCUACUGUGAGCAUAUUGGAGUGGCCCGCUUGGCCUGUGCUGACAUCACCAUUAACAUCUGGUAUGGUUUCUCAGUGCCCAUUGUCAUGGUCAUCUUGGACGUGAUCCUCAUCGCGGUGUCAUACUCACUGAUCCUCCAAGCGGUGUUUCGUUUGCCCUCCCAGGAUGCUCGGCACAAAGCCCUCAGCACCUGUGGUUCCCACCUCUGUGUCAUCCUCAUGUUUUAUGUCCCCUCCUUCUUUACAUUAUUGACCCAUCGCUUUGGACGUAACAUACCUCGACAUGUCCAUAUCCUGUUAGCCAAUCUUUAUGUGGUGGUGCCACCGAUGCUCAACCCCAUUGUCUAUGGUGUAAAGACUAAGCAGAUCCAGGAUGGGGUAGCCCACCGGUUCUUUGGUAUUAUGGCUUGGUGCUCUGCUUCCUCUCUGGGCUAACGGCUUCCUUUGACUCCUCACUCCCAGCUUUACCAAGGAAACUAGGUGUGAAGCACAAGAUUUCCUGGACUGAGAGAGCUUUUGCUUCCCUUCCUCUCUCUCUUCCUUUUUCUUCAUCUUCCUCCUGGGUUUUUCAGACACUCCAAGCCUCCUGUCUCUGUACGUCUAUUGAAUCUUGUGCAGAUCUCAAAAUGUAUGUACUGAGUUAUUAUGGGUUUUUAUUUGUACUCCUAAUUGACUGUAAACUCUUUGAAAUCAGAAGAGUGUGUGUCAGUCAUAUUUGUAUGCUCAGUACUUCACAAAAUGCCUGGAACAUAAUAAAUGUUUGAAAAAUGAAUGACAGCACAUUUACCUCCUCAAAAUUAGAAAGUGCAUCUCUAUUAUGCACUGAAUGAUCUGCUAAAUUAGUCCACAAACCCAGUGACUGGUAAACCAUCUCCUUACAAAGGUAGUUUGGCAUCUUAGAGACAAAUAAGCUGCUGACACAGCACAGUUCUUCUUACUUCUCACACCUUUGCCAUAUCUCAGAGACCAGGGAAUAACAAGGGUGGAGGAAACAGGGUACUCUUGAUAUUCUCUUAUACUUGGCUUCUGGCUAACCUCAAUAUUAGGAAUUAUAGCGCAUUGUUCCUGGCCAGGUUGGCAAAAUUGGAGUAGUUUCUUGAAGUUACCGAUCUUGGCUCUAAUUCUUUCAUGCUUUUUCAGAAAAGGCCAUAUAUACUCAUUUCCUCAACCACAAACUGUGCUAAUGGGUCCCCCAUCUCUCUCUCCAUCCUAGAAUUCUCAUUUGAGUUUCAGAUGCGUAAAAAUCCACCUAUCAACUGACUGGAUCUAUAUCCUAUCAUCUCUAGGAUAUAGAAGUACCAUUCAUGGUAGCUUUUCUUAUUGUUCCUUUUCUUAGAAACUAGAUUAUGAUAAUUGUAUCAACUUCAUUGAGCUGGAAACCCUGGGGAGUUACUCAACUUCUUCCUCUCUAGCCUGCUCCCCAAGAAUUGGUUGUUACUGAUAUUGAUUCUAUUACUAAAUAGAUAUCUGGGUAGUUUUUGGAGUUGUAUCAGGAUUCCAGUUCUGUCCCCAUCAUUUUCCAGCUGUGUGAACUUGUGAAAUUUAUUCAAUGUUUUUAGUCCUCAAUUUUUAAGUCUGUAAAAUGAGAGUGGAAAGAGAAACUUGUGGGGUUGUUGAGAAGAUUAAAUGAAAUAAACCAUAUAUACAGCACUUAUUUUUAGCUCAUAGUAAUACGUAUCUGAGAAAUAGUUCACUAAGGCUAUCAGUAUUGUUAGGUUUCUUUUUAACACUGUUUCUAUCCAUUACUUAUAUCCCCUGUCAUCUUUCACAUCAGAUAUUGCAUUAGUUUUUAAAUUGAUUUCAAUGUUUUUAAUCUUUUACAGUGUAACCUAAACUAUAAAUUGACCCAAAGUUAAGCAUUCUAAAAGGCAUGGCCAAUCAUACUGCUGCUGCUGCUGCUGCUAAGUCGCUUCAGUCGUGUCUGACUCUGUGCGACCCCAUAGAUGGCA